AAUAGCCCAAUUGUAAGCUAUAUACUUGUAAUCACGUUGCUCUUACGUUUGUUCGAAAAGGCAAGAGUACAUAAAUUUUUUGCUAAAACUCUGCUGUUUUCCUCAAUAGUAUUUCCCCCAAGAUAUGGGGUCUUCUAAGAAGCACAAGGAGAAAGACAGGGACAGGGAGAAGGACAGGGAACUCGAGAGGGAGUCCAGAAAGAGAAAGAAGGACAAAGAUCGCUCAAGAUCUAGGUCAAGAGAGAGGAAGCGUGAAAAGAAAGAAAAAUCCAGAUCUCGGUCCAGAUCGCGAUCUAAGGAGAGAAAAAGAGACAAGGAUAGACACAGGGAGCGUAAGCGAGAUAAGGAGGGGAAGGAGAGGAAGAAGAAACACAGGGAGUCUGAAGAAAUAAGAGUGAAAACGGAGUCACAGGAUGAUGAUGAGCCGGCACCAUCCACAUCAGGGGCAGGAGCAGGGGGAGAAGGUGCUCUCAGCAUUGAGGAGACAAAUAAACUGAGAGCAAAACUGGGCCUGAAACCUUUGGAUGUUGCAGAUGCUGUAGUUACAGCCGAGGAGGAUAAAACAGAGAACAAAGAAGAUGUCCAUGCACCUGCCAUCAACCUUGGUGAGAAGAAGAAAGCAGAUGAGCUGCGAGAGAAGAUGAAAGCCAUGAGAGAGAAGAGAGAGAUGAACAAGAAACUAGGGAAGAUCAAGGCAUUGGGUGAUGACGAUGAGCUGGAUGAUGUGACAGCCUGGGUGGAGCGGAGCCGCAAGCUCCAGAUUGAGAAGGACAAGGCUGCAAAGAGGGCCAGGAUGCUGGAAGAGAUGGAUGAAGAGUUUGGGAUUGGCAGUUUGGUGGAGGAGGAGCUGGGAGUCAACAAACCUAAGAAUUACUCAGCCAGAGACUUAGCAGGAAUGACAGUGGAGCAUUCCGAGGAGUCUUUCUUGGAAGGACAGAGUGUCAUCCUUACUCUCAAGGACAAAGGUGUGCUGAACACUGAAGAUGAUGUCUUGAUGAAUUAUAACCUCCUUGAGAAGGAGAAGGCCUUGAAGAACGUAGAGGCCAAGAAGAAGAAACCUGACUACAAGCCUUAUGAUGAAGGGGAGGUGGAUGAGUUUGGAGUGUUCAAACCCAAGGAAAUUCUUGACAAGUACAAUGAGGAAAUUGAUGGAGAGAAGAAGUCUUCAUUCCAACUAGAUGCCCGAGGAGAUGUUGACUUGGAGUCAGAGAGACGGCUACAGGCCAUCAGGGAAGAGCUGCGGAAACAGAGUCAGUCUCUCAACCUGGCGGCACCAACGCUCGCCUCUGAGUACUUCACUCAGUCUGAGAUGGAAGCAAAGUUCCAGAAGAGGAAGAGAAAAGUGAAGAAGAUCCGGAGGAAGCGAGUGGUCAAGGCUGACGACCUACUGCCCCUGGACGAUGAAGAACCUGGGUCAAGGCGACAGGAACCUCAAGAGAUCCCAGGUCUUGAGCUGGUGGAUAUGGAUGUGGACUUACCUGACAUAGAUGAUGUUCCCAUCCUGGGUCCUGAGGAGUCGGAGGAGCCUGUGGUUGUGGAUGAUGAGGCAGAGGAGGACUUACACCGUGCCCUCAGCAAGGCUCGCAAGCUGAAACAGAUGAAGGAGAGACGGGCAGGGGCAGACAAAGUGUUAGAGGUAGUGCAGCAGCUACCCAAGCAGGAGAAGGAUGAUGAGGAGGAGGAAGAAGCUGCAGUACCCGCUCUGGGGAAGCACAUUGUGCUGAAUGCUACGUCCGAGUUCUGCCGCACGCUGGGAGAGAUCCCGACCUACGGACAGUCAGGCAACAGGGAUGAGGACGAGGAAGAUCUCAUGGACCUGGAGCAGGAUGAUGUGAACAAGGGAGAGGAUGAGGAGGGGACAGGAUGGAACUACGUCAACCCUGAUCACAGCGACGGGGCUCAGCCUGAGGAGGACCACCUGCACAAUAUCCUGGAUGAGGAGCCUUCAAUGGACACAGGUCUGGCUGGAGCUCUGAAUCUGGCAAGAAAGAAAGGUUACCUGGAGACUGAGACCAGGAGGAAAGGUGCUACCAUCACCACCAAAAUGUCCAUUCCUGAGACUAACUACACCAUAGAAGAUAAGUCCAGGGAGUUUGAGGACAAAAGAGCGUCUCGUUACGACCGAGGCCCGGUGGUUGACUUUAAGGAGAAGGACACCUACAGACCCGAUGUGAAGAUUGAGUACAUCGAUGAGACAGGCAGGCUGCUGAACCCUAAGGAGGCAUUCCGGCAGUUGUCUCACAGAUUCCACGGGAAGGGUUCUGGGAAGAUGAAGACGGAGAAGAGGCAGAAGAAACUGAUGGAACAAGAAAUGGUGAAGAAGAUGAGCUCCAUCGACACGCCCCUGAACACGCUGGCUAAGCUGCAGGAGAAACAGAAGGAGACGUCCUCUCCGUUUGUGGUGCUCAGUGGAGGCAAGAACCAGAUGAAUACCAUCACCAAACCCAAGUAGUAGUACAACAGUACCUUUGGGAAACACCAGUGUGGCACACUGGUUCUCAAAUGUCUAUGCCCUGUUUUGCUCCAAGCCUGCUAAAACUCCAAGACUCAUUUAGCUUUGCAUGUGUUAUUACAGGUAAGAUGCACACCAUGUAUCUGGUUCAUGCCAACAUUUGUGAGCCUUACAUGAACUUCAAGGCAAUGUUUUCAAGAACUAUUUGCUUUUAGUUUUACCACACUCAGAUAUUUCCCUACUCUGCCCCUGAUGGGGUCAUGACCCAUGACAUGACAGAGAUUUUUUUGCCUACCCACUCCCGUUCUUUAACCUGGGAAUUGGUGUGGUUCUAUCAAGUCGUAACUGAGAGACUGAACAAGUACUUCUUAGAAUAGAAACAUGUCCCAGAUUACUAGUAACAAUGUCUAUUAAAGUUACAACGUUUCUGAUUUAUAUAUCAGGUAGUAAAUGAACAAGUUACAAAAUACAUGUAUGAAUUACGUCUGCACACUGAAAAAUAACACCUUUUAUAGCAGGUCUUUCUUAACUUUGAGUAGUAGUAGUUAGGCUUGUAAAUUUUCUAUGUACAUAUUGUUUAGGUCAUAAGAUAUAAGGUUGUAAUUGCUGUUUUGUUAUAGACAUGAGGAAUAAAUUUAGCACAAUUGUAAUUGGAAUCAUGGGAAAUUAGUCAUAUUGUGUAUGUAACGUUAUACAUCUAGAUGAUUUUGUGGCAAAAUAUUGAACAGAUUAAAUUUAAUUUGUUUUUGAGUGUGGCUCAUGCAGUAUACUUUUCUUGUUGACCCCUUCCUGGUUAUUGAGUUAUUCAAAAUUCCCUGAAACUAUAACUUGUCACUUCAACCAUGUUAUAAAAAGUCAUCUCAUGAAGUGCAUUUAGACAUUUAAUAUCACUAGUCAAGAAAACCCAUACCAAUAUUCCUAGGCUGAAAUACUGAGUGACGAAACUGAUCAGCACUACAGACUCAGUCAAACCACUGAUCAGUAAUUAGUAACGUUUUCAUAUGUGGCUCAUGCAGUAUACUUUUCUUGUUGAUCCCAUUCUGGGUAUUGAUUUUGGAACAUAUGCAUGUUAUUCCAAAUUCCUAGAAACUGUAACUUGUCACUUCAACCAAGUCAUCUCAUGAAGUGCAUUUAGACAUUUAACAUCACUAGUCAAGAAAACCCAUACCAAUAUUCCUAGGCUGAAAUACUGAGUGACGAAAUUUAACAAAAAUAAAAAUAAGGUAUUAUUAGAAACAUAAGAUCAUACUACAAAAAGCACUAAAACAGUGAUGAAAACUCAGGCAUCUGAACGUACAAAUUGUAGCCUGGUAUCCAGCCGUAAUAAUACGGCUGGAUACCAGGCUAACAAAUUGAAAGUUAAACAUCAACACAUGCCUAGUCUAUCUUGUUUGUCUCCUUACCCAGUUUUCAGCCGGAGAGAUUCUUGCUUGAAUACAAAGGAACUUUCAGAUUCCCAAUGGUUCAUUUUUGUUAAGUUAUGACCUAUGAUUUUAAAACCUAGUACAUAAAAUCAUUCGUAAUUUC